AUGUUGUGUAGCAGUGUUUACUUGUGGGAUGUCAAGGGACAGAGAGAGAGAAAAGAGAAGCGGCUUUCGAUGCUUAAGGACCGCAGAUAUCUUGCGGAAAGCUACGCGAAGAAGCAUGCACAUAUGGCGAAAAACGAUCAUCCACCGUGUGAUGGGACUGUAAACGACGCAUUCGCGCAGCACGGCGGAAUUACGAAUGGCGCAAAAUGGUAUUCGGUUUCUGGAGGGAUGCAAGAUUUCAAUUAUUUAGCAACGAAUGCAUUUGAAAUAACACUAGAAUUAUCAUGCGAUAAAUUCCCUGACGCUUCAAUGCUACCAAAACUUUGGCUGGACAACAAGGAAGCACUCACUGACUUCAUUCGAAAGGUUAUCUAA